AAAGGGAGAAGGCAGCUGCUGGAAGCAGGAUCAUUCACCAUGGAGGAGAACAGCACAACAAACCUCACGCUGAACAAUACAUUUUAUGGAUCUCUGGAUUGGGAGGAAUAUGUCCCAGAUCAAUGCUCCAGCAUUCCCUACAGCCUGAUUGCCUUUGCAGGGGUGUGCCUGGGGAUUUCCCUCUGUGGGCUGGCGGGGAAUGGGGUGGUCUUGUGGUUCCUGGGCUUCCACACAAAGCAGAGCCCUUUUACUGUCUACAUCCUAAAUCUGGCUGUUGCUGACUUCUCCCUGCUCCUCCUGUUUCUCCUGCUUCUGUUGGCUUUUCUGUCCGUAGCAGCAUUUUGCACAUCCUUGCUUCCUUUUAUUCAUCACUAUCAGCAUUUUGUGUUUGCCCUUGGGUUCCCGUGCCACGUGUUUGACCUGAGCAGCCUGGGGCUGCUGGCAGCCCUCAGCGUGGAGCGCUGCGUCUCCGUCCUCUGCCCCAUCUGGUACCGCUGCCACCGCCCCCGGCACCUCUCGGCCGUCGUCAGCGGGGCCCUCUGGGCCCUUGCCGGGGUUUUUGUUUCCUCCCUCUACCUCACCUCCACCUACACUGAGGACUCUGAGACCGUCCUUGCAGGUGUAGCCCUCGCCAUUUCCAUGGUUUUUUCCCUCAUGAUGUUGGUUUCCAACCUGUUCCUGUUCCUCAAGCUGCGCUGUGGCUCCCGGAGGCGGCAGCCAGGGAAGCUCUUUGUGGCCAUCCUGCUCAACGUCCUGCUGUUCUUUGCCUUUGGCAUCCCUUUCUGCGUGGAGGUUUUCCUCAAUCUCCCUGAUUCCGGUGGUUUAUUCCCAGAAGACCCCUCUUUGUUCCUGGCACUGCUGAACUGCUCCCUCAACCCGGUGAUUUAUGUGCUGGUGGGGAGCUGCCGGCGGCGCCGCUUCCAGCGCUCCGUCGGAGUCGCUCUGCGGACGGUGUUUGAGGAGAAAGCCGGGAGUGACGAGCGGAGCCACGGCCCUGGGGACACUGUGGUGGAGGUGACAGCUCUGGAACAGGGAGCUGCUGAGGAGCCACAUGGUCCACCCCUGGAUUCUCCAAGCACUGAAUCCCCAUCCACUCUGACCACAGCCUGGGGCUACAUCCCACUGCCUGCCCAGCGUCCAUCCAUGGAGGUGACCACUUUGUUCCCCCCUGCCACCUCACCCACUGAGGGAGACGAUCUCUGUGAGACAGAUGUCACCGAUGUGUCCAUACACAGUGUGACACUGCUCAUCUGCCUCUGUGGGCUGGCUGGGAACGGGGCUGUCAUCAGCCUCCUCAACCUGAAAAGUGGCAACUAUGGCAUCUUUGACCUGGCUCUUGCCGACUUCCUCUUCCUUCUCCUCACAGUCCCCUCUGCCCUCCUCUUCCUGGUGGAGGACAUGUCCUGCUCUCCUGUCAUGCCCCUGCUGUACCUGAGUUUCCUUUUCCAGCUCUCAGUGGUCUCCCACUACUGGGGGCUGUUCCGGCUGACAGCCCACAGCUUAGGAAAGGAUGUGGCCUCACUCUGCAAGCUCUGCUGCUGCUGCCAACUUCCCAAGCGCCUGAUGUGGGUGGUGUGGAGAGCCAAAUACUGGGUCUUUUUUGCUCUCUUCACUGUCAUUCCUGCAGCGACAUUCUUGUGCCCGUCACACGAGCAGAAGCACUGCCGGGCAGCUCUCAUCUCCAUGUACACCAUCAUCCUGCUCCUCUUUGUUGCACCCGUGGUCAUUUCCCGCACAAUCCUCCUCAUUAAUGCCAAGUGGGGCUCCCAGCAGCAGCAACCCAAGAGGCGUGACAUCGUUAUCAUCCUCAUUGUGCUCCUUACUCUCCUUCUCAUCCUCUGCAAUUUCCUGCAGCAGCUUGGUUACAUCACUGUGUCCUCCCAGGUUGUUUUCCUGCUCACCUGCAUCCACAGCACCAUCAAACCCUUCAUCUACUUCUUGGCAGGGCAGUGCUGGAGGCCCUGCUCCAUGCGGUCCCUCCGGCUCACCCUCAACAGUGGGCACUUUCUCCUUCAUGUCACUGACCUGGCAGCAGCUGCUUUAGGACAUGGAUCCCAAAGGAGCAAGAGGUACCAGGAAGCGCCGCUGAUCUGCACAGACCCCUUUGCCUGCUGCUGCCCCACAGGGAACAGCAGCCGCUUUAGGACAUGGAUCCCAAAGAGGCAAGAGGUACCAGGAAGUGCAGCUGAUCUGCACAGAUCCCUUUGCCUGCUGCUGCCCCCAGGGAACAGUUUCCACUGCCCUUCUCCCCUGCACAUCUCACUCCUCCCAACUGAACCGUUCACACUGCAGGGAGCUGCUGAGGAGCCACAUGGUCCAUCCCUGGAUUCUCCAAGCCCUGACUCCCCAUCCACUCUGACCACAGCCAGGGGACACAUCCCACUGCCUGCCCAGCAUCCAUCCAUGGAGGUGACCACCGUGUCCCCAUCUCCUGCCUCUCCCCCUGAAGGAGAUGAUCUCUGUGAAACAGAUGUCACCAGAGUGGCCACACACAGUGUGACACUGCUUAUCUGCCUCUGUGGGGUGGCUGGGAACGGGGCUGUCAUCGGCCUCCUCAACCUGAAAAUCCCAAGCUAUGGCAUCUUUGACCUGGCUGUUGCCGAUUUCCUCUUCCUCCUCUUUGCGGUUCCCUCCACUCUCCUCUUCCUGGUGGAGGACAUGUCCUGCUCUCCUAUUGUGCCCCUGCUGUACCUCAGUUUCCUUUUCCAGCUCUCAGUGGACUCCUACUUCUGGGGGCUGUUCAGAGUGAUGCUCAACAGCAAUGUGCAGUAUGUGUACAAGCUCUGGAAGCUCUACUGGCACUACGACCUUCCUGAGCGACUGGUUUGGGUGGUGGACAGUGUCCAAUACUGGGCCUUCUUUGCUCUCUUUGCUGUCAUUCCCACAGUGACAUUCCUGUGCCCGUCACAGGAGCAGAAGCACUGCCGUCUGCCUCUCAUCUCCAUGUACACCAUCAUCCUGCUCCUCUUUGUUGCACCCAUGGUCAUUUGCAGCAUAAUCGACCUCAUUAAUGCCAAGCCUGGCUCCCAGCAGCAGCAACCCAAGAGGCGCAACACCGUUAUCGUCAUCACUGUGCUCCUCACUCUCCUUCUCAGCCUCUGCAAUUUCCUGCAGCAGCUUGGUUACAUCGUUGUGCCCUCCCAGCUUGCUUUCCUGCUCACCUGCAUCCACAGCAGCGUCAAACCCUUCAUCUACUUCUGGGCAGGGAGGUGCAGGAGGCCCUUAUCCGUAAAGUCCCUCCAGCUCUCCCUCCAGAGGGUCUUUGAGGAGCCAAAAGUAAAAACUGACGACAGCGAUGAUAGCACAAGAGACACAGCAGUCUGAGCCUGCUGAUCUCUUCCACUGCUCUGCUGAAGGACCUCAGCAGAGAGGCUGAGGGUUUCCUUGAGUCACCUGAUGAAUAAUUGUCCAUGGGAUCACCCUCCCUGUGGCGGUGCAUUCCUGUAGGAGAAAGGAGCAGGGGCAUGGCCUUGGCUGAUUUUUGUGGGAUGCUCUGCAGGGAGCACACUGGAGCAUGGCUUUCCUCCUCCCUCCUGCAUCCCCAUGGCUCCAAGCAGCGCAGCUGGGCUCAGUGCUGUUCCCCAGCUCUAUUCCCCAUGGAAUGACCCUCAUGGCCUCAGCCCCAGGGAAUGAACUCCAUCUCCUUUGGCUCAGCAGAUGAGUUUCAUGGUCUUUUCAGGGAGCUCUUGCCUGCAAAGAAUGGGACACCUUAAUCCCUGGGGACACACCCAGCACGGGGUGGCAGUGAUUUCCCAAAUCCCUGUGGGGCUGGUGCCUCUGGAUGGCAGGAGAGGGGUUGGGAUCACAGGGAGCAUCCUUCCCUUUCUGUCCAGCCGAGCCUGCCCUGCAUUCCCAGCUGAUGGGAAGGGACACCAGGUGGGGCUGCAGAGGUGGGGAGGGACAGCAACAUUCCCUUAUCCUUUCAGUGGGAAUUUUUCACAUUCUUGAAUUCCAAAAUUAAACCCUUCUGAAUAUCAAAGUGCAGGGUGGAUCGUGGACUCCACUGAUCUUCUGUGCCUGUACCAGAAAGUACAUGGAAUAUGGAAAUUCCCAUCACCAGAUGCUUGGAACAUUUAGUUGCACAGAGAUCAGAGGGUUGUGCUGCUCUUCUGCAGAAUUGGGCCCCUCCAUCCUCUGGUUCCCCAGCAUCAGUGCCCAAGGAAGCCCUUGACCACCUCCAUCCUGAACCUGGCCACCCUCAGGAGGAGCUGCACAGCCACUCUGCACAGCAGCUUCAGCCACAGCCCUGAUUUUUGUCAUUCUGUAACCAGCCUUAAUGACAUUUGGAUUCAUGGUUUUGGUUUCUUUCCACUGUGGUGGUUCCAGCCUCUGAAUUGGUUGAAUAAACAACAUCCAGGCUUCACUGCAGAGCCUGUCCCUGUUGAA